AUGAACGCGAAAAUCAUAUACGGCACUGCCUGGAAAAAAGAACGAACGACAGCGCUGGUCAUCGCUGCAGUCCUUCAGGGGUUUAGAGCAAUUGACACUGCGUGCCAAUUGAAGCACUACAGAGAGGAUCUCGUUGGCGAAGCUUUGAAGAUCCUAUAUGAGCAGCAUGGCUAUAGGAGGGAAGAUUUCUUCCUCCAGACAAAAUUUACCUCGCUCAAUGGUCAGGACGCUGCCGGAUUCAUCCCUUACGAUCCCGAAGCUUCCGUGACGAACCAAGUCAAGUCAUCCUUCCAGGUCUCUCUCAAACAGCUACAGACUACCUAUCUCGAUUCCUAUGUUCUCCACUCACCUCUUCGCACAUUCCCGGAGACACUCGAGGCCUGGCACGUCCUUGCUUCUCUUCAAGACGAGGGGAAAGUGCGGAAGAUAGGGCUAAGCAAUGCGUAUGAUGUCGAUUUGAUACAGAAACUCGGAGACAAGAGCGGAAGGAAGGUACAGGUUGUUCAGAACAGAUGGUUUGAGGGAAAUGGCUGGGACAAAACCGUCCUCACAUGGUGCAAAGAGAAUGAAGCGCAAUACCAAUCGUUCUGGACUCUGACAGGCUCUCCGAGCCUCCUACGUCAUUCAGAGCUACAGGAUUUAGCCCGCGACAAGGGUUGUACACCUGCUCAAGCGCUAUACCGCUUUGCCCAGUUCCAAGGAAUCACUCCGUUAACUGGGACUACAUCCGAAGAACAUAUGAAAGAAGACCUGGAGGUAGACAAGAUCGACCUGUCCACAUCCGAAGUUCAGGCCUUGGUGAAUUAUAUAUGGACUUGA